AGUACCCAUACCUUCAGAUCACUAAGAUUAGUAAUAAGUAAUAAGCACCUAGCCAAUAACGAUUGAUCGUAUAGUCAGUGAUUCAACCGCUUUUUCCCGUGUGUGAAUAAGUACUAAAUGGCAUCCGAGCAAUUGAGGAGGAUGGAUUCCGACUCCGAAGGUUCACCUCCCGAUAUUAAAUUAAUUGAAUAUUUAUGUGAUGAAGUAUUUCCGACCUUCUCUAUCGAUCGAGAUGGACUAAUCAAUUGGCAAUUGAAUUGGGGAUAUGCAAUUGAAGACUAUGCAUCAUUAAGUUCAGCAGUUCAACCACUCUUACUAUCAAUUGAUAAUUAUGAUCAGGGGAUUAAUUUAGAUAUUAAGAAAUUCCAGCAAUUGAUAAAUGAUAUUAAUGGACUCGAUGAGGAAUUAUAUCGAGAUUUCAAAAUCAUUCUCCUUGAAUUACUCAUCUAUAUCUUUUCAUUAAUCUAUAAUGUAAAGAUUAGACUUCAUCAAUUAUCAUUUCAUGAGAUACUUAUUCUGAGUUAUUUAUAUGAAUUAUUGAAAUUAAGUCCUGAUAUAUCUUCACUUUCAUUAGAAUCUCCCACUAUCCUUAAUCAAUAUGCUCGAUUAAUUAUUACAUUUCUAGAAUUAGGAUGUGAUAUUCCCUUAUUUAAGAAAUUAAUAAGUCCAUUAUUCUCCAAUACUAAUUGGAUUUGUAAAUUAACUAUAUUGGAUUUAUUAGAGAAACUAUAUACAAAAUAUUCAGCCCAUUUCCAAUUCAUUCUAUUUAAUAAAAUCACUAGUUUCCCCUUUAUAAAUGAUGAUAUUAAACGAAAUUUCACCAUACAUUCAUGGUUUAAAAUUAAUAAUCAAAGUUCAGAUAAUGAAGAUCCAUUAACUUUAUUUACCUUAAGUAGUUCCAAUACCAGUCCUACUUCAUUAAGUUUGAGUUUACAAUUGAUUAAUUAUAAUCAAUUUAUGGUAGAAAUCAAGAAUGAACAGACAGGAUCAACUGAACCCAUUAUGUUUAAUCAAAUCUUAAAGAUUAAUGAGAAUGAUAAUGAUAAUGAUAAUAUAAUUCUAAAGAAUCAAGGGUAUAUUCAAGUAGUAUUGACUUAUGAUAAUUAUGCCAAUCUUAACUUAUUUAUUGAUGGAGAAUAUAGUGAAUCUAUACCGAGACCUGACAUUCAUAAGGUUAUCCCGUUUUGGAAUAAAGUAUCAAUUGGAAAUAAUGUACCAGAAACCAUAACUGAUGAAUUAUUUAUAAAGAAUCUUUCAAUUCUAAAUAUUAGUUUAUCAUAUGAAUGGAUUAAUUUAUUAUAUAAUCUCGGAUUAUCUUAUGAUUGGGAUUUUAAAGAGUUCAAUUCCGAUAACUUAUUGAAUUUACUAAAUCAUUUAAGUUAUCGUGGAUUGGCCAAUGUUGCUAUAAAGCAGAAUGAAUUACGAACGCAAAGAAAGGAAUCCAAUCGACCUCAACAUACCAAUCUCUUUGGGAAUUCUAAUGGUAAUCCUUCCUCCGGCACCUCCUCCACCAAAUCUAAAGCUACUGGACUUAAUCAUUCUACUAGUCUAACCAAUAACAUAUCGGCCUAUAUUCGGAAUAAGUCUCCUCAUGAUAAACCAGAUAUGUUUGAAAGAACUCUCCUUAUUAAAUCGCUAUCGAAAUUGAAACAAGAGAAUAUUCUAUUUGAUACUAGUGAGAUCUUUCAGACUUUUCAACAACAAGAAAAGUAUCCUAUUCAAGCCAAUGCCAAUACCAAUACCUUUACUUCGUUCUAUUAUCAUAAUUCUCCUUCGAUUCAUGGAGCAUUAUAUACUAUAGGAGGUGCCAGUUUAUUAUUAAAAGUAAUAGAAAAUAUAUUUGAAAUAACUGAUCCAAAACUACGGGAUAGCUUAUUAUAUAAAUUAUUGAAUGUAUUAUUUAUCAUACUUAAUAACAACUGGAGAUUAAGUAAAGAGUUUGAGAAUGUUAAUGGGUAUGGGAUUCUUUCAGUAUUACUAACUAAUUAUCAUGAGAAAUGUAAUGGAUCGUUAACUUUUUCAUUAUUAGAUGAGAUUAAUGGUAAUAAAUUCGAAUCCUUAACCUUAACUGGAUGUAAUGGAUCGAACUUAUUGAAUAUGAUCUUAUCGUAUAUUGGAUAUGAUUUCAUAUCUCCUUAUGAAUCUAUAAUAGUUAACCCCUUAGCCUAUAGAUUCUUAGUACUUAAUUUAGAAUUGUUUUCUACAAGUGAUUCCUUUGAAUAUUUACUAUAUCAUUUCCAAGUAUUGAUUGAAGGAUCUCGUUAUAGAGAUACCAAUGUGGUUGAACUUCAUAAGAUGAAACUUCUUAAGAAACUUAUCCAAUUUCUUAAGAGUCCUAUUACUCAUUCAUCAGUGACGGUGACUGUGACUCCUCAAGUUAAACAUCAAUUGGGUUUAACCUUAACUAGUAUUAUCACUACGGAUUCUUCAGUAGAUAACAUAAAAUCAUUGGCUUUAUACAUUAAUUAUGCUCUCUACAAUCAAGAUGUAUCAUCCGACUAUGGUCUAUUGGUCUUACAAACAUUAACGGAUUUCUUAUGUGAUCCUAAUUCCUCAAUUAAAACGUUAAGAAAGUUUUCUCGAUCGAUAACUAUUCAUUGGAUAUUACUUUUAUUUCAAUUCCAAACUUCUAAACAAGUAGCCAUAUGUGGAUUUCGAUUAUUAUCGAAAUUACUUAAGAUCUUGGGAGCAGGCAUUAUUCGAAAGUUCUUUCAAAUCAAUCAUGGUUUGGAUAUCUUAACUCAUUUCUUAAAGCAUUGGUGGGAAGAUGAUGAUGUUCUUGCUUGUAUCUUUUUAUCGGGAGUGGGUAUAGAGGAUAUUUCUGGUGGUGGAGGUGGUGGUGGAGGUGGAUUAAGUUCAAUUCUUAUCAAUAACGUUUCAGCAAUUAAUACUAUAGCAGUACCGGAAUUCCUACUAUUAUUAAACAAUUUAGUAUUGAAUUCCAUGUAUGUACUCAGUCUAAAGUAUGGACAGUUAUUAGGCAGUAAUCCUGCUUCUCCAAUGGCCACCAGAACCACCACCAAAGAUAAUGAAAAUCUCACCUUAUCAUUCAAUGUAUUACAUUUACUAAAUGCAUACAUUGAUACAAUUAAUAUAGGAUUUGAGAAGGUCAGUGUACUCAAGAAGUUCUACUUAACUCGAGAAUUCUUAGAGGGCAUAAUUGAAUUAUUAGGCUAUUUACAAUUAUCUACCAAAUGGUCUAAUGAUACCAUUCGAAGUAAUUUUCAAGAGUGUUAUAAUAAAUUAGUUAAGGUAAUCACCAAUAUGUUCAUUAGUAAUUUAACAGAAUCGAAUAUGGCUGAAGUAUUGGUAUGUCUUAGUGAUUUCACUCGUAAAAUGUGUCUUGAUCUUAUAUUCCCCGGCAUCUUUGAUCAUAUCAAUCAGUUCAUUGAUGUAUCCAAUUUCAUCUAUGAUGAACACAAGUUUCUUGACUCUGUGAUCAUGAUGUUGAAUUACUAUCAACAAGAGUUUCUUGCCCAUAAUCAUUAUAUCAGUCAGGAUGAUCUUGAUAAGUAUAUCACAUGUAUCUUAUCGGUGAUUGAAGUAGCUGAGUCCAGUGAUAAUCAACAAUAUUAUCUGCAUCUCAAUAAGUUAAAGAAUCAUUUAGGAGAAGUGAUUAUUCUUAAAGUACUAAAGUUAUCGGAUAUUGAAGAUAAGGCCAAUGCCACGGGUAUAACCAAAGUUAAUCAAACUUAUAAGUUAUUUCUUUAUCGACAAGUUACGGUGUUUGAUAGUCAAGUGUUGUAUGAUAAACCUCUUAGUCAAUUAAUUGUAUUGGCCUUAGGACUGUUUUUAAAAUUAGAUCCUCAACACCAAUUGGAAAGUAUAGAAUUCACCUUCAGUCUAUUACGAACUUGUUAUCUUAUCAAUCAAGAUAAGUUUAGUAAAGUGAUUGGAUUAGUAGACGUAGAUCAACAGCUAUUAGGAGAAUUCUUUACUAACUUAAUCUCGAAGAAUGAUAGUGAUACUUGUGCUAAAUUACAAAAGUAUCCUCCCUUCACCCGAAGCAUAAUUCAUAAUUACAAUACGCUUCGGAAUAAGUACAAACAAAUUGAAUUCAUAAAUGUAUUUGAAAUGUCGAAACUUAUGUUACAUAAUGGUGGGACUUUAGGACAAAUGAAUAGUAUUUAUAUUAAAUCAUUUGAAAAGGAUUGUGAACAAUUAAAGUCUCUGAUAGUUAAUGGAGAAUUGGUUAAGUAUAAUCGGUCUGUACAAGAUCAUUUAGAGAAUGUUCAAUUCUUUAUCUCCAAUUAUCAGAUCUUAAAAGUGGAGAUUUCUCGAUUAAUUGAUGAUAAUUGGAAACCCAAGGAUUACUUAUUGGAUUAUAUUGAGAAUAAUGAUCGUAUGAGAAGACGUAUGAUUGUCGGAGAUCAAUUCCCGGAUUCCGAAAAGCUUUCUUAUAAUAUUAAUGUACCCCUUAAACCAAUUGUACCAGAAGAAGAGAGAUUUAUUAAUUUACAAAGUUAUGAUUAUGCUAUUGCUGCUAAUGGAAUAGAUACUUUAAGUUUAUCAUCUAAUCCUUCACUUGAUAUGAAUAUGAUUGAAGCAACAGAUGCAGAAACAGAAACAGAAACUGAAACUGAAACUGAAACUGAAGCUCAAUCAGCUUAUGAAGAUAAGAAUCGAAAAGUUAUAAGAAGUUUAUAUGCUGGAGAUCAAAUAGUGGCACUUUGGAAUGUUAGUCAAAUCAAUGGACUAGUACCUAUUGAAAGUCUAAUGAUAUUAGGUACUAAUCAUUUAUACUUGAUUGAGAAUUAUUUCCAUAGUCAAGAUGGGAAUGUAAUUGAUGUUCAAGAUGCUCCAGCAGAAUUACGAGAUCCCAUCUUACAAUUAGUGAAUUCUCAAUCGAGUGCUAUCUUAAAGCAUGAAUCUAAAUUACAUCGUAAUAAGAAUUGGUCACUUGGGAAUUUAAGUUGUGUAUCUAAACGGCAAUUCUUAUUAAGAGAUAUAGCUGUUGAAAUGUUCUUUAGUGAUGGAGCCAGUAUAUUAAUUACUUGUCUUUCACCUCGAGAAAGAGAUAUUAUUUAUAAUAAGAUUUAUUCCUUUGCUUCCGGUAAAGGUUUAGAUUCCGAUUUAACUAGAGCUUUACAAUCUUCAAGUUAUAUGUCUCCAUCAUCCAGUAAUUCAAUUCUUAAUAGUUCUUCAUCAUACUUAUCAUCCAAGUUAGCCUCAGCAUUCUCUCAAAAUGGAUUAUCUUCUAGUUCAAAUCCUACUUUCUUAGCGGCCACGAGGAAAUGGAAAAUGGGAGAAAUGUCUAAUUUUUAUUAUUUAAUGAUUAUUAAUACUUUGGCCGGUAGAACUUUUAAUGAUUUAACUCAAUAUCCAGUAUUCCCUUGGGUAAUAGCGGAUUAUACCAGUGAAAUUCUUGAUUUAUCUAAUCCUAAAACUUUCCGAGAUUUAUCUAAACCAAUGGGUGCUCAAACAGAAAGUCGAGCUAAUGAAUUUCAUGAAAGAUUUGAAGCUCUUGCCAGUCUUAAUGAUCCUGAUGCUCCUGCUUUCCAUUAUGGUACUCAUUAUUCUUCUGCUAUGAUUGUUACAUCCUUUUUAAUUCGGUUAAAGCCUUAUGUUCAAUCGUAUUUAUUAUUACAAGGAGGUAAAUUCGAUCAUGCUGAUCGACUUUUCAAUUCAAUUGAAAAGGCAUGGAUAUCUGCAUCUCGAGAUAAUACAACCGAUGUUCGAGAGUUAACUCCUGAAUUCUUUUAUUUACCGGAAUUUCUUGUUAAUUCCAAUCAUUUUGAAUUUGGAACUUUACAAAAUGGUGAAUCACCUAAUGAUAUUACUUUACCUCCUUGGGCUAAGGGAGAUCCCAAAAUUUUUAUUGCUAAACAUCGAGAAGCUCUUGAAAGUUCUUAUGUAUCAGCUAAUUUAAAUUUAUGGAUUGAUUUAGUAUUUGGUUAUAAACAAAGUGGACCAGAAGCCAUUAAAUGUUUAAAUGUAUUUCAUCAUCUUUCUUAUAAUGGAGCCAUUAAUUUAGAUAAUAUUCAUGAUGAAGUUGAAAAGAAAGCAGUGAUUGGAAUGAUUAAUAAUUUUGGACAAACCCCAAAGAAAUUAUUUCAAAAACCUCAUCCUAAAAAGGAAGUAUUGAAUUUACCAAAUUAUUAUCUUAAUUUAAUUGAAAAUGAAAAUACUCCUCGAUUAUUAUUUGAAUCUAAAUUAAAAUUACCAACUGAAAAAUUAGAAAUUAGUUCAAGAAAUGGUAAGAAAUGGGUUGGACGAGCUUCAUGUGUUGCAUCAGAAGAUGAUUUAUUAAUUCGAAAGGCCAAUAAUUUAAAAUUUAAUAGUGGAUCAUUAAUUAUUAAUGAUACAACUUUUUUAAAUAUUCAUCGAUGUAAUAUAACUUGUAUAUUACAAAUCGGUCAUAAAUUAUUUUUAACCGCUUCUGAAGAUGGAUUAAUUAAUGUAUGGAAAUGUGAAUUAAAACCAACAACUUCUUUACAAUUUCAAACUAUAUUAAGAGGUCAUACGAGUGCUAUUGUAUCAUUAAAAUUUAGUAAAAGUUAUAAAAUGGGUAUAAGUCUUGAUACUGAUGGUACUGUUAUUGUAUGGGAUUUAGCUCGAUUUAAGUUCAUUAGAAAAUUGGUUUCUAAUCAUCAUAAAGAUGAACAUAUUAAAACAUUAAUUUCUAUAUCUAAUGAUACAGGUAAUAUUGCUAUAGUCAAUAUUACAUCCGAAAAGAAUGUGGUUAAUAUUUAUACCAUUAAUGGAGAUUUAAUUCUUAGUCAAGACUUUAUAUAUGAAAGUCAAUAUGAUGAAAGUAAUGGUAAUGGUAAUGGUAAUGGUAAUGGUAAUGGUAAAUAUAUUACUGCUUUCAGUUUUGGCAGUAUCAAUGAUGCAAUGGUUGAUACUGGUAAAAAUCUGAUUCUGAAUAAUCACACUCAUUGGUCUAAUGAAAUAUUUACAAUUGCCCAUGGUAAAGCUAUACAAAUAUUUGAAUUAACUCCUUAUAGUGAUAAUGGAUGGGGGUUAAUAGAUUUAGAUAGUUUGGAAUUAUGGAAACAACUUGAUGGUUAUAUUACAGCCAUAGAAUUAUUUAAAUUCUCGGAAACAGAUUCCGAUGAAAGAUUAAGUAGAGGACAAUUAAAGCUUAUUUUAGGUGAUUCAACAGGUAAAACGGCUGUAAUAUCUAAGGGAGCUAUUGGGUUACAAGAGAUUAGAACUACACGAAUAGAUGUAUCUGAUUCUCAAAGAGAAGAAACCGAGUCUUGUAUAGAAGUUGUAGUGGCAGCCGACAAUGAAAGUGUAACUGAAACUGAAUCUCCAAAUAAUGAAUUCCCUGAAGGUGGGUAUAGAGCUUAUGGAGUAGUAUUAGGAUCAUUUUUAGGCUUAACCGCAUGUUUUGGUACAUUAAAUUCAGUGGGUGCCAUUCAAGCAUAUAUUGCAACCCAUCAAUUAUUAAAAAUAAAUACUUCUACAGUAUCUUGGAUAUUUUCAAUUUAUCUGUUUAUUUGCUUUAGUGUAGGUAUAUUUGUGGGUCCAGUAUUUGAUAGGAAAGGUAGUUUAAUUCCUUUAAUAUGUGGAACCAUUCUAAUAUUUGGAGGAUUUAUGGCAGUUGCAUCAAGUAAAACAGUUUGGCAUUUUGUUCUUUCAUUCUCCGUAUGUGUUGGAAGUGGAUGUGCCUUAUGUAUUAAUCCUUUAGUUGGAGUAAUAAGUCAUUGGUUCUUUAAAAGAAGAGGAAGAGCCGUGGCUUUAGCUACACUUGGUGGUUCUAUUGGAGGAGCUGUUUUCCCCUUAAUGUUAAGAACUCUAUAUCCAAGAGUUGGAUUUACAUGGGCUAUAAGAAUAUUUGGAUUCAUAUGUACUAUUUGUAUGAUAUGUGCAGUUGUACUUUCAAAGGAAAGAAUAUAUAAUACAGAACGAGAAGAUAAUUCAGAAACUGAAUAUGCAAGUAAAUAUUCUAAAUUUUUAAGUUCAACUAGAAACUUUUUAGACUUUUCUGCUUUGAAGGAUAUGAAGUAUCUAUUUGUCAUUUUUGGAUUAUUAUUUUCAGAAACUUCAUUAAUGUCAAUUCUUACAUACUAUACUACUUAUUGUAUUGCUCAUGGAGUAAGUGAAUCUACAUCUUAUAUUUUAUUAACUAUAUAUAAUUCAUCAGGAAUUAUAGGACGUGUAAUUCCUGGGAUUUUAGCCGAUAAACUAGGCAAUUUUAAUGUGAUGGUCAUAAUGGUAGUUGGGAUGGUAUUAUCAGUCUUUGCUUUAUGGUUACCAUUUGGAAAUCAUCUUGGUGCUUUAUAUGCAUUUUCUGUUAUAUGUGGAUUCUUUAGUGCUUCAAUAUUUAGUUUAACUCCUGUAUGUCUUGGUUCAAUAACCCCAGUUCAUAAGUUUGGUCAAAGAUAUGGUUUAAUGUACUUUAUUGUUAGUUCAGGUAAUUUAUUUGGAGUUCCGUUAGGUGCAGCCAUUAUAGGGAAAGGUUCAAAACAUCAAUACGAUAUGUUUGCAAUGUUUUGCGGUAUAUUGGCUAUAAUUGGAUUAAUUUGUUGGACCACAAGUAGGUAUUUUAUAGUAGGAGCAAAACUUAAUGUUAAAGUAUAG